GCCACAGAAUGAUGUCUGAAGGUGUAGACGGACUAAGUUGGUGAGUGUCCGAUAACUGCCAAGAAACGUUUGGAUAACUUUUUUAAAACGAAGAAUUUGGCAGGAAGUUAACUUGUUCCAGCACUUAAACGUGUCUUUCCCCCCACGAAGGCAUUUGUUAAUGAAUAGCGAGAGAGUUUUAAGUGUGUUUGUUAGCUAGCGUUAACGAACGUUAAGAUGAAAGAAGCCAACGGUCGGUUUUUAAAUCUCCGUCGUCCGUCACUACCUUGUCAGACGUAGCUUGCGUUUUUUUUUUUUUUUUUUUUUUAUUAAAUUUUACACACACACACACACACACACACACACACCAUGUCAGGGUCCCACGAACACGGCAGGAGGCGCCACCCCCCAAAAAUGUUCUUGAUAGCGACCGACCUGAAGGUUCAGGACCAGCUGGACGGGACCAUCCGGCUGCAGAGGGGGAACAUCUGCCAGGAACAGGACGGGGGCAGGAGCAGAGGGGACCAGCUGUGGGUCAAGGUAUUAGACAAUGGCAUUGUGAUAAAGUUAGAGAAGAAGAUCCUGAUUGAGGUGCCUACUGACCUCAGCGGUCUGUUGGAGCCUGUAUCUGAUCCAGAGUCCCGCCUGAAAUUACUAAGAGACCCUGGGAAACUUCAGCGACUGGCUGCUUUGCCCCUCGGCACUCCCCUGUGGGUCCAAAUGGGCCAACCGGAUGAGCUGGCGGAGGCGGAGCUUAAAUACAGAGGACCUCUGACCAGGGGGAGCAGCGCUGUGUUUUUUGGGGUCCAACUCAAGGGUUCGGCAGCAGGUCGAGGACUGAGUAACGGCUCCUAUAAAGGCCACCAGUUCUUCAUGUGCCCCGAAGCCUCUGCCCUCUUCCUCCCUGCCAGUCAUGUCAGGCUACGCCGCUGGUCCCGCAGCAAUGGCUCAGAUGAGCACGAGCGAGCCCGUGAGCGGGAACGAGACCACCAGCAUGUCAGCAGCAGCAGUAAUCACCCCAGUAAUGGGCAUCAUAGUAACAACCACCACUCGCAUCAACAACAACAUCAGCCCAAUCUUCGCACCAGUUUCCUCCAACAGCGACCCAUCAGCCCCCCUGAGCUACCUGCUUUUAGUAUUCUGGCUCGAACUGCAGAGUCGGUACCCAUCACAGCCCCAACCCCAGUCCAUGUCCGAGGCUCCACGUCACCUCCACCUUUCCAAGUUGGCCAACGGGUGUGUUUCCCUGGAGAGGAUGCCAUCCACGGGGGAGAGGUGUGCUUCUGUGGGCCCCUGCCUGGCCGGACCUCAUCAGGGAUGUAUGUUGGAGUCCUGCUGGACGCUCCGGUUGGUAACUGGGACGGGUAUUACAAGGGAGAGAAGCUCUGCCACAUUCCUUCCCACCUCUAUGGAGAACUACUGCCGAUAACCAAGGUUUCUCCUGAGUCCAAGUCUCAUCGACACAAGCUACAAAAUCCUAAAUCCAUCCUGAAGCCCGUCCAACCCCCCAACUCUAAACUAAGCCCUGUGCUGCCGCCCCCUUCUGCUCCCAAAGUUGCCCUGUUGCCACCUCAGCUCAACCCCACUAAACAAACACCCAUAACCCCUCCACAACCUCCACCUAAACCUACCCACAAGCCCCUGCCUCUUCCCCCAGCCCCGCCCCCCAAACCCCAAACUCGGGCCUCACCUACAGACACAGAACAAUCACAGCCCUCGAACGGCACACACCUUUCUCCCUCUCCGCUGAGGUCGCCAGCUAACGGUGAAGAUGCAAAGGUUAAUGGAGAGACAAGGUCUGAGGUUGAGCUAGAGGUGGGGUCAAUGGUUGAGGUAAACGACCCACCCCUUUUUGGGGUGAUCCGCUGGAUUGGACGGAUCACUGGGAUUCCAGAGUUGGUGGCAGGAAUUGAGCUGGACCAUGAGCUGACUGCUGGCACAGAUGGCAGCUACCUCGGCGAACGUCACUUCCGUUGCCCAGCCAAUAAGGGGCUGUUUGUCAAGCUUCGCAACUGUAGACGGGACUCCAGGUUCCCUGCCCCAGAGACACCUGUCAAUCAAGUGGAGCGGUGUAACUCAAUAGCCUUUGCAGAGUGGGGCAGUGAGCGGGUAGAGGAUCACACUCCUCCGGUGGAGGGAGAGGAGGCCGUAGAGAUCUACCAGGGCUGCAAGAGAGGCAUUCAAGGUCACCUCAACUCCUGCUAUCUGGAUGCUUCACUUUUCAGUCUGUUCUCAUGCUGUAGUUCAGCUGACUGGGUGUUGCUCUGGCCUACUGACUCUCAGACCGACCAUCACUCCAGUCAGGCUCAGGACCUGCUGCGCUGUGAGAUAGUCAACCCCCUGCGCAGGUUUGGAUAUGUGUGUGCCAGCAAAACCAUGGCCUUGAGACGACUGCUGGAGGCUGAGUAUCAUGACACCGGUUUCACCAAUCAGGAGAAAGAUCCUGAAGAGUUCCUCAACAAGCUUUUCCAGCUCCUCCGAGUCGAGCCACUCCUCAAGAUAAGAUCAAUGACUCAGCAGCCUCAGGAGUGCCAUCUCUACCAGCUCUUCCCACCUUCCCUCCCCCCGUCUCCUACCUCUCCCUGCCCCCUCUCUCCGUCCUUCUCCCCUAUCCCUCUCUCCUCCCCAACAGCUGGUAAGAUGAGGGUUGCCAGUGUCCAAGCCCUACUGGAGUCCUCCUUCCUCCAUGCUGGUCUCAAAUUUGUUGAGGCCCCCUCCUGCCUCCUACUCCUCAUGCCCAGGUUUGGGAAAGAUUUCAAGAUGUUUGAUGCCAUCUUGCCCACCCUCAGCUUGGACAUCACAGACCUGCUGGAUGACACUCUGAGACAGUGCAGUAUCUGUCAGGCUGUGGCUGAGUGGGAGUGUCUGCAGUGUUAUGAAGAUCUGGAUAUCACUCCAGGCCGUCUCAAACAGUACUGCCAGACCUGCAACACCCAGGUCCACAGUCACAAGAAGCGGCUUUCCCAUCAUCCAGGGCAGGUUGGAGUUCCUGGGGGGCCAUGGACUGGCCCGCUGCAUGGCACUCGCCAGCGAUUGGCUCUCUUCGCUGUAACAUGUAUUGAGACCAGCCACUAUGUGAGCUUCGUCAAGCACGGGCCCCGCCCCACUGACUGGCUGUUUUUUGACAGUAUGGCUGACCGGGAAGGUGGUGAGAACGGCUUCAAUGUCCCCCAGGUAAAGGCGUGUCCGGAGGUGGGCCGCUACCUCAGCCUAUCGGAGGACGAGCUGAGCAGGGUGGACCCUGCCUCCUUACGGGAGCCGGCACGCCGCCUGCUGUGUGAUGCAUACAUGUGUCUCUACCACAGUCCUGAGCUCAGCCUCUACAAAUGACAUGGAUACACAAACACAUGAAUUCACAUGCUGCCUUGCUGACCUUAAUAUGUAUGUAAUGCUCAUUUAACUUUGCAAUAAAAGCACACGUCUGAGCUCUGCCUCUAGAAGUGAUGAGACACACACAUGGAGAUAAGCAGAGACACACACACACUAACAGAAAAUGUGCCUUAGAGAAUUCCACAGCCACAGACCCUGAAACAUACAAACACUGCUCUGGAGCCUGUAAUAUGAAAAAGCUUACAUAUCUAACGUGAACUUUUUAAGGGUCUUUAAUAACCUGACAAUCUUUUUUUUUUUUUUUUUUUUUUUUUUAACCCUGGGGGUUUUCAAAAGGUUACAUGAGCCCACCUGUCAUAGAAAAUGCCUAUUUAUAAAGUAUGCAUAACCAGUAAUGAAAUGGUAGAUACGCCCAUGAAUGUGGUGUUCCACUGUGAUUGCAGUUCAGUCUGAUUCAUAAGUUGGUAUACUUCACACCUGUGUUUACCCUUAACUGAACGAGUCUUCAUAAAAUGUGCAUUAGCAGUACAUGUGCACACUAAACAGACCCAGUGUGCCUAUAACUACUCUCAAACGGUGCCUUAUAUCCGCCCCCACACUUAAUUUGCACUGUUUCAGUGGCACAACAGUAUGUGUAUAUUUGUAGCCUGGAAAAUAAUGUGGGGGCAAGCAGAUUGUAUAUUUUUGUAUUGUAUGGGCUGUUUAAUACAGCAUUUAC